AUCGACCCCAAGGUCCGGCAGGUGGGCUUUGUUCCCGCGGGCGCCACCCGGCCGCCCGCCCGCUCCCACUCCGUCCCUACCGACGCCUGCUCCUCCUCCCCGCCCGCCCCCGAGCUCCCCCUCUCAGGGAGCUCCCUUUCUCCCGUCAUGAUCCCCCCGCCCCGCCAUUCCUCCGCCGACGGCCUCCCUUCCCUCUCCCGCUCCGCCGCCUCCCCUGUUCCCAUCCCCGCCUCCCCGCUCCGCCGCGACACCGUCCAGAUCCCGAUCGGGAGCUACAACCCCUCCGAGUCUGUCCUCGGCUCGUCCCCAAUGAUAUCGCCUUCCAGCCGGCUCGACGCCGUUUCCGAAUUUUCCGACGAGGUGCCGACAUCUGCGUGGCUCGGCAGGAGUGGCUCGGGCAAGUUCGCGUCGUCGUUUCCGUCGAGCAGCGGGGAGAUGAUGACCAUGAAGAUCACUGGCGGCGGCAGCGGCGGAGGCGGGAACACUCCAAAGAGCAGCCUGACGACUGCCUCGGUGGUGAAGGCACUGCCUGGAGUGUCAGAAAAAGAUAGGGGAGCUUUGAUUGAAGUGCAGAAUGAAGGGAUUUCAAAGCCACAGAAACAGAAAACCUCAAAAGCUGAGAGGCGUGCCAUUCAAGAGGCUCAGCGUGCAGCGAAGGCUGCAGCAAAGGAGGCUGGUGAUCAAUUUGUUCUUUGUGAAGCAGUGAAGCCUUCUGCUUCUUCUGGUGGUGCACUUCCUGCUUCAAAACAAGGUAAGGUAGUGAAACCUUCUUCACAAAAGAAAGAUGGGCCUCAGGUUACAGCUCCAGUUGUACCUUCUGAAAAGAAGGUCGGAGACCGCAUUCCUGAUAAAGACAGAAAGAAGGAUGUUCCCCACCCUCGUAUGCAAUUUGAUGAUAAACAUCGGGUUGAAAAGGCUAAAAGACGUGCAGUGGUAAAUCAAUCUGAAGCAAGAAAUAGAGUUGAACUAUUCAGGCAUUUGCCUCAGUAUAUACAUGGAACUCAGCUUCCAGAUCUUGAAUCAAAGUUUUUUCAACUUGAUCCAAUGCAUCCUUCUGUUUACAAGGUUGGACUUCAGUAUUUGUCAGGGGUUAUCUCAGGUGGUAAUGCUCGUUGUAUUGCAAUGCUUUUAGCUUUCCAAGAGGCAAUCAAAGACUACUCUACACCCCCUGAAAAAGCUCUUGUUCGAGAUUUGACAGCAAAAAUCAGCUCUUAUGUGUCAUUUCUGAUUGAAUGUAGGCCCCUUUCUAUUAGCAUGGGAAAUGCUAUUAAAUUUUUGAAGAACAGGAUUGCCAAAUUGCCACAUACACUGUCAGAAUCAGAAGCAAAGUCUAGUCUUCAAUCUGAUAUUGAUCGUUUCAUAAAUGAGAAAAUCGUAAUUGCAGAUAAGGUUAUAGUUGGGCAUGCUGUUACAAAGAUUAGAGAUGGUGAUAUUCUACUCACAUAUGGGUCAUCCUCCGUUGUUGAAAUGAUAUUAUUAUAUGCUCAUGAGCUUGGAAAGCAAUUCCGUGUGGUGCUAGUUGACUCCCGUCCAAAGCUUGAAGGGCAGGCAUUGCUCCAUAGAUUGGUGGCAAAGGGCCUUAAUUGUACAUAUACACAUAUAAAUGCCAUCUCAUAUGUAAUGCAGGAAGUCACACGAGUUUUUCUAGGAGCUUCAUCGGUGUUAUCUAAUGGAACAGUUUACUCAAGAGUUGGAACGGCAUGUGUAGCUAUGGUUGCAAAUGCCUUCCAGAUUCCUGUUCUAAUAUGUUGUGAGGCAUAUAAAUUUCAUGAAAGGGUGCAGCUUGACUCUAUAUGCUCUAAUGAACUUGGUGAUCCAGAUGUCAUUUCCAAGGUUGCUGGACGGAACGAUUUGAAUCAUCUGGAGAGUUGGGCUGACAAUGAGAACCUGCAACUUUUAAAUCUCAUCUAUGAUGCAACGCCUUCUGAUUAUGUAUCAAUGAUCAUCACAGAUUAUGGAAUGAUCCCACCGACAAGUGUGCCAGUCAUUGUGCGUGAAUAUCGCAGAGAACACUUGUGGAUAUGAAGGUGUUCUUUGUCCAUUGCCAACUAGUGAUCUCCAUAAUCUGAAGUAUGAUGCUUCUAAUGUCAUCUUUUAACUUUUUUCCUUUUUCUUUGUGUCAUGUGCAUCCAGUUGCAUAUAUUUUAAACUGUCUCAAAUAUCCUGCCUUUUAGGUUGUGACAAUUUUUUUUAAAAAUUUUGUUUCCUGAGAAUAAUGAUCCAUCCUUGUUUGAUUUGCUGGUGCUCUACAUUUUGGUAACAUGACUCUGUGGAGAGUGCAAUAUUUCGCUUGU